AUAAUGCACCUCGCAAUAUUCGUUGCAGUUCGUGACGUAAAGAAGCACGAAUGAGGAUGUCAUUGGGUUCUGCAAUCUCCAGUUGAGCUGUGCACCUCACACAGGUCAGCCAGCCAUGCAACUUCUGGCCGUCACAUUCAGCAAAUGGCAAUGUCUUCACAUGUUCAUUUCACCAUUCCACUGCAUGAGCAGACCUCUGAGAUGCGUCCAACACACAGGUGCAUGGGUAUACUAUGGAGUGCCGCACCUCUCGAAGCGUAUGCAGCACACUUUCGCUCUGCUGAGGCCUCGGCCAUCUAUCAGGAUGGCAUCAUCUUUCAUCAGAGAUUUGGCAUCCCCGCAUGCAGGAAAUCCCUGAAGCACACCAUCUUGGCAGCGACUGGCCUCAGUAUGGCGCUCCUGCUGUCUUUGUGGUUAACUGUCACCUUCGCAAAGUCCGUCCCUCCAAGAUAUAAAGCCCAGCCUGCUCUUCUGUUAAACAUCAGCGAAGCAACCGUUUCUCUUUUACCGGAAACCAUUCUACUAUCACACAGCCAGUUCUGCCGUACAAGAUGAGCUCCCUUGUCAACACUGCCCUGGCUGCGGUCACAACCAAUGGCAAAGACAGCUUCCUAUAUUAUCAGAACGGGAAAGAUAUCAUCGAAGCCCACUCUGAGUCAGGCUCAAGCUGGACGACCAAGGCUUCCACGGUUACUAGUAACGCUGCCCUGGGUGGCUCGGCUCUGACUGCAUACUAUGUUCAGCACGAUGGGGAUUUCGAAAAGAAGUCGACCAUUCAUGUCGUCUACCUUGAUUCCAGCGCGAAAGUUGCCGACAGAGUUAAGGUUCUUUCCGACGGAACCUGGACAGAUGGGAAGCUUGAUGGAAUUUCGGCAAAACCUGCGUCGAUCUCCCGGAUUACUGGUGGGUCAUUCAAUGGCUCCGACUGGAAUCCGGAUGGAUCCCAAUGGGUCUACUUCAACACAGAGAGCGGUACUCAACUACAAAUCACCGAGAUCCGCCGGGUCCCGAAGAGUCCGUGGUAUACCGAAACAGUGUUACCGGAGAGCGUUCUGGCACUCCCAGGAACCGACCUGGCAAGUAGUAUCGUCAAGGGGACCAUUGACCUCUACUACCAGGACCAUGAGGAAAAUAUCAAUCACUGGGUCAGUCAGGACAGCUCAUGGCAUGACAAGAAGACCCUUGUCCCAGCAAGUGAAGUGGGAAACAGUACCCCCCUUGCUGCAGUGAAUGAUGGCAAGAAGCAUGUCUUUUUUGCAGACAAGAGCAGCCCGUCCAAAAUCAAACACCGCGUUGAUGACAAGACCGUUGAGGUUGCACCCUUUUACCCCGGAACACGCUUCAGUGCUCUUGUUGUCAAUGGCAAGGUGACUCUAUUUUACAAGAAAUUGAACCCUGUCGGCGCCAUUGCAGCCCAAGUUUAUGAUGGCAGCUCGUGGAAGGAUGGAGGAAUUGUCGUCCCUGCUUGAUGCAAGCCCAGAGAGCAAGAUGGAACGUCAAAGUGGCCCAUCUGAAUGUUACAACGCCCAGCUGUAGGGUUGAAGGAUUAUGUCAAUUCUGAGCAGAAGCAAAUUGCCACGAAAUCUAUUUGAAAUAGCUUGUGUUGCUCGACUAGACCCCCGGGCCUUUGGGUUUGGAGGAUACUGCUCCUAGCCCCGUUUAGCGUGUAGUUUUUGUACUGUGACA